GACGCUGUGCGGGAUAGUGCUCUCCCUUUAAACGCGAGAGCGAGUUCAUUCCCUUUAAACGUCAGAACGAGUGAUUUCCCCUUAUUUUUUAAAAACCUGGACUAUGAACGUGUUUUGUUCGUGUCGCGCUUUGUUCACGCGUGUGGUUUAACACAGUAGACAAACUACACACAUGCAUUCACAAAAAUGAUCGUGUCGUUUGAUCACAGUUUAGAUGGUAGGGAUAUUUGUGUGUGAAGUAUGGAACAGGGUCGAAUAAGGAUCAUCGUUUCAUCACACUUCGUAAGGACAAGCCAACGAGUGCAGGAUAUUUCGGGAUUUUGUAACCGAGUUUUUCAUUGGAUAAAAGAAUUCGACGGUGGUUUCCUUGAUUAGAGCAUCAGGAAAUCGAGGUCAUCUAGCAGACGACGUAUUGGAUGCAAGUGUGGGCACAGGGACGACCCAGCACACACGUCAGGUAAUCAACGGACCGGGGGAAGAUGGCCCCGGGCAGGAACGGACAGAACGGACUCCCCAGGCCGGCCAAACUGACCGGGGAUUCGGACGAUGAGAAGAUGGACCUGAACCUGAAGAUCGACAACCUCCUCCCCCACGCCAAGACGCCGGCAUUUAUUUACAUCCUGACGUUCUUCGCCGCCCUGGGUGGGUUUUUGUUCGGGUACGACACGGGGGUCAUUUCCGGCGCUAUGAUUCUGUUGAGGAAUUCAUUCAGUCUCUCGACCGUCUGGCAAGAGUUAAUCGUCAGUGUCACCAUCGGAGCCGCUGCCAUCUUCGCUUUGGUCGGGGGAUUUUUAAACGACCGUCUGGGGCGGCGCCCUGUCAUCAUGGGCGCCUCCCUCAUGUUCACCCUGGGCUCGAUCAUGAUGGCGGUGGCCAAGGAUAAGUUCGCCCUCCUGGCUGGGCGUGUGGUGGUGGGGGCAGGCAUAGGUCUGACGUCCACCACCAUACCGAUGUACCUAGCAGAGUGCUCACCUUCCUACGCCCGGGGGAGCCUGGUGUCCACCAACAUAGCCAUGGUCGCGUUUGGUCAGUUCAUGGCCAAUGUCGUGGACGGGAUCUUCGGUGCCGACACCAAGGACGGCUGGAGGUACAUGCUGGGUCUGGGAGCCGUACCCUCCACCAUCCAGUUCAUCGGGUUCCUGUUCAUGCCCGAGUCCCCCAGGUGGCUGAUCAGCGUGGGGAGGGAGGAGAAGUCCAGGCGCAUCUUGCAGUCCAUGAGAGGCGCCCUCGACAUUGAAGAAGAAUACGACAACAUUAAACAGACGUGCUUGGAGAUUGAGAGAGAGCAGCAGAGCCGGGGGCGAACACCAAUCAUCAUACAGAUGCUACAAAUUCCCGCCAUUCGACGCUCGCUGCUUGUCGGCUGCAGUCUUCAAAUUAUACAACAGGUCGCGGGCAUCAAUACCGUCAUGUAUUAUUCGGCCACCAUCAUCCGAAUGUCUGGCGUAAAGAGCGACGAGGCCGCCAUUUGGCUGUCGGCCGUCACAGCCGCCGUCAACUUUCUCUUCACGCUGGUGGGCCUUUAUUUAGUGGAGAGGAUCGGGCGGCGCCCCUUGACCUUAGGGAGCUUGAUGGGCGCCAUCGUAAGCUUGGCGUGGUUGGCCGUGGGCUUCCAUCUCUCGGCUCUGAAUACCCCGGCCAUUGACACGAUAGAAUCCAUUGCAGGGGACUCGCAUUGCUCCAGAUACAGAUCAUGCAACGACUGCCGUAAAGAUCUCGACUGUGGCUUCUGCUAUGUGGAUCUCCCUACCGUCGUGGUCAACUCUUCCUGCUUGCCUACGUCCUACGACGACCCGUGGAGAUCGACCGUAGGACGCUGCAACAGUAGUAGCCUGUCGGGCGGUGUCACCUGGGCUUACGACUACUGUCCUACGCCGUAUUCCUGGAUGCCAAUGGUUGGCCUGGUGCUGUACCUGAUAUCUUUUGCUCCAGGAAUGGGACCAAUGCCUUGGACAAUUAACUCGGAAAUCUACCCACUCUGGGCACGUAGCACCGGCAAUGCUGCAUCUACUUUCAUGAACUGGACGUUUAAUUUAGCUGUCUCGAUGUCUUUCAUUACUCUGACCGAGUCCCUCACAAGAUAUGGUACAUUCUGGCUCUACGCCUGCUUGGCUUUCGCUGGCGCCAUUUUACUCGCAUUGAUUCUACCAGAAACGAAGGGUCGAACGUUAGAGGAAGUGGAAGGGCUUUUUGCCAGGUCGUGGUUUACACGUUCAUGGUUCGCUGGCUCAGCCGACCCAAUCCAGUCUCUAAACCCACAGACGAUACAGUACGUGCACAUACGAGGGCUAAACAGGGAUGGUCGAGAGUCAGAACUGGACUCGCCGGAAUAACACUAGCAUUGAGCCGUAAAUCUACUAUUAUUUCAACCCAGGAAAUAACUUUGGUGUUAAACCAAGCGGCUUGGUGGGGAAAAAGAUAAAAGAACUGCUUUGGUUUUGAGACUUCCAUAAAAUGAAAGUGAGAUCUAAUCAGGGGUUUUCCCAAGUUGAGCAUUACCCCGCGCCAUGGUAGUUCAGAGGAAAGAGAAAUAGGACACGAAUAAUAUCGUGUGUAUUUUUCGUGGACUUGGAUAGUAGACAGAGCAUGGUGUAAAAUUGUAUAUGCCACGCUGUGUGCAGCCUAUUUGAAUAUACGUUUUCUGGAAUAGUUCAGUCAAAUAAAACGGCCCCCGCAAUAUCAACUGUGUUUUACUUCAAGAAGCAAAUUAUAUUAUUUAAUGAAUCUAUUGAAACUAUAUUUUAGCUAUGUGUUAUUGUAAAACCUAAACAUUAACUAUACAACUGCAUUAUAAUUUAUUUGUUGAACUAUUCUGUUGGAUUUUAUUUAUGAACGAUGCAAUAUGGAGUAGAAUAA